CAGUAGUCAUGCACAGGAAAAACAAGACCAUUUGCUACUUCAUGACAGGAACAAUAGAUAAGCAGCCUGUACACUUUAAGGCUUUCUGGGAACGAGUUGUUGCUGUUUACAGUGGAGUCAUUAAGGACUUAAACUCGAGGACUUGUAGUUUGGAUUUGUGGAUUUAUUCUAGAUACGCGACAAGCUCUUGGCCAUGUCAUUCCCAGAAGAGGAUCUUACAUGCCCAGUGUGCUGUGACAUUUUCACAGACCCCGUUCUGCUGCCGUGUAGUCACAGCUUCUGCAGGGGCUGUCUGAAGCACUGCUGGGACACGGGCAUACGCGAGUGUCCAGUUUGCAGGAAAAAAGCCACGAAGUACAAUCCUACAUCCAACUUGGCUCUUAAAAAUGUCUGUGAGGCUGUUGUUCAGGUCAGGAGGCAGAGUUCAGUGGAGUUGGAAGACAAGAUGAACUGCAUUCUGCAUGGGGAGAAGCUGAAACUCUUCUGCCUCGUUGACAAGCAGCCCAUCUGCGUGGUGUGUCAGUCUUCCAAACUGCACAAGACCCACGACUGUUCGCCCAUACAAGAGGCAUUGCUGGACUGCAAGGACGAACUUGCUUUAUCCCUCAAGAGCCUGCAAGAAAAGCUGGACAGCCUCAGAAGAAUUAACAUGGCCUCCACUAACACACUGAAGUACAUCAAGGGUCAAACCCUGGCAACACAAAAAAUGAUCAAGAGCCAGUUUGAGCAGCUGCAUCAAGUCCUCUACCACGAGGAGUCGGCUAGAUUAGCAGCUGUGAAAAAAGAGGAAGAAGAAAAGACUGCAGGGAUGAAGGAGAAAAUUAGAGAAAUUUCAGCCGAGGUGACGUGCCUGACAGAGACCAUCGCCCUCAUACAGGAACAGCUGAAAGAAGAUGAUAUGGUUUUGUUGAAGAAUUUUAAAGACACUCAAUUGCGAUGUAAAGACAUAGUGCUUGGUUCGGACAACAUGUCUGGGUUGCUGAUUGAUGUGACUAAACACCUCUCCAACCUCAAGUACAGAGUCUGGGAAAAAAUCCUGGACCAUGUUGAUUAUACGCCCAUAACUUUAGAUCCAAACACAGCACACCCUUGCCUCAUCCUGUCUGACGACCUCACUUCCCUGCACUACUCAAAGCAGCCAAACGCUUGUCCUGACAACCCAGAGCGCUUCCAUCUGAGCGCUGAAGUGGUAGGUAUGACUGCACUAGGCUCAGGAAGUCACCACUGGGUCGUGGAGACAGGAAGUAAUCAUGACUGGCUCCUGGGUGUGGCCUCUAUGUCUGUACCAAGAAACACGGAGAUCUCUGCCAGGCCUGAAAAUGGCUUCUGGACUUUAUGUUUCCGGGAUGGAGGCUUGAGAGCGAUGACAUCCCCACCCACUCUGCUGACAGUUUCAAGAACACCCAAACAGGUCAAAGUGCAGCUCGAUUACAACAAGGGAACGGUGUCCUUUUUUGAUGUCACUGACAACACACUCAUAUAUACAUUUACACAGUCUUUCACAAAACCUUUAUUUCCAUAUUUUUACACACAGAGCAGUCAUCCAUUGAGAAUAAUACCAGAGAGGGUACUUGUCACAAGGUUGCGGCAAUAAGUGGAUGACUCAUUUAUUCUAUAUCAAGCGAGAAAAUGUCAUCUCAGGAUAAAAUAAAUGCCAAACAGUCAUAGUGGGGUGGACUGACCUGCUGCAAUGUUACUGCUGAGGCAGCCAGUUUACUGUAGAUGAGAAUAAAAUGUUUCUUCAAGCUUGAUAUACACUCACCAGACACUUUAUUAGGGAUACCUUGCAAGUACUGGGGUGGACCCAUCCAUCCAAAUGUCGCAGCAGAAAUCAAGACUCAUCAGACCCAGUCUGUAUGAAUUUUAGCUUCAGUUUCCUGUUCUUAACUGACAGGAUGACACUUGGUGUGGUCCUCUGCUGCUUCAUCUGCUUCAAGGUUCAAUGUUUCGUGCUCUUCUGGAUACCUCGGUUGUAAUGAGUAGUUAUUUGAGUUGCUGCUGCCUUCCUAUAAGCUCAAAGCAGACGGGCCCAUCUCCUCUGAUCUCUGGCAUCUCUGGCAUCAACAGGGCAUUUUCGUCCACAGAACUGCGGCUCACUGGAUAGUUUCUCUUUUGGGGGCUAUUCUCUGUAAACCCUAGAGAUGGUUGUGUGGGAAAAUCGUAGUGUCAUGCCCUAACUUCACAGAUUAACAGUUUCUGAAAUACUCAGACCAGCCCUGUCUGGCACCAACAACCAUGCCACAGUCAACGUCACUUAAAUCACCUUUCUUUCCCAUUCUGAUGCUCGCUUUGAACUUCAGCAGGUCAUCUUGACCAUGUCUACAUGUCUAAAUGCAUUGAGUUGCUGCCAUGUGACUGGCUGAUGAGAUGUUUGCUUUGACAAACAGUUGAACACGUGUAUCUAACAAAAUGGGCAGUGAGUGUAUUUACGUCUAAUGUCUGAAGCUGGGUAGCUUAGCACAAAGCUGGAAACACCUAUCGUGGUUUUGUCUAAAAAGCAAAAACAAUAAAAUCCUCAGCACAGUUGACUUUUAUAUUGUGUUAAUUAAGUUAGUCCAGAAGUGUUGGGUUAUUUGGUGAGGGUUUUUUUUUUUUCAGUAAUGACAACAUUAUUAUGUUGAACAGGUAUGUGGAGAAUGUAAGCAAAUAAUAAAUUGGUAAAUUGGUCUGGGUAUGAGAAAAUUUAUUGAUGUACUUUUUCCACAUGAUGGCGCCAAACACAAGCAAAUAAUUC